CACUUGUCUUUUGCCCAUCGAGCAUCCAUCGCCGACACCCAAGCGAUUACCCUCCCGAUGGCUCUCGCUCGCUCUGCUGCCCUGGGCCUUCGCGCCCUGAACAAGCCGGCUGCCUUCUCGGGGGCCGUCUCUUCCCGAUCGUACUCGUAUGGCUACAACAUCAAGGACCGCGAGGCCCCCGAGGCUGGCUUCCCGGCAGCUUCCGAAAUCUGGUCCAACAACCACGUCCCGCCAUCGGCCCCCAAGGUCCCAGUCGACGAACCCGAUGCCGUUCUGACCCACCCUGUUUACACGCCUCUUCCCAAGCCCAAUACCUCGAUCGGCCCGAUGGCUGCUCCUCUCAAGUGGCCCGAGUACGACCAGCGGCUUCCUUCGGCCGACAAGUCGGGUCUGCCAUCGCCCGCUCACUGGCACUACCGCGAGUUUGACGACCAGCUCGUUGCCCCCACCGGCGACUAUCCCCGCGACGUUCCCUUCCAGUGGACUCAGCUCAAAGAUCCUUUCAAGUACUGGGAUCAGCAGGGACGCAGAAACUAUGGCGAGAUUCUCCAUGACCAAGACGCCAUGACCGACUGGCUGGGUAUUGGCCCUGAGCCUCAUUGGGGCCCGCUCGCCUGGGCCAGCGUCAAGUUCCUGGGCGUCAUUGGCACCUUUGCUACCGUCAUCUACCUCUGGGAUCCGUCAAAGCACAUGCAUGCGGCUGCCCGCGACUAUCCGUUCGAUGGACUUCGUGUCGAGCUCGGCUCCGAUCCGGCGGACCCCAACGACCGUGUCCUUGCUGCCCGCACUCUUCAGCACUAGAUACAGUGCUCACAAAAUGGAACAGGGCACCGUGCAUAUAUAGCCAGCAGCCACUCCCCUCGCCUCCGGAUCAUGAAUACAUCUAUUCAUUCAUCCAC